AUGAUGGCAGAACCGGGCGCAAAUAUCCCUCAAAUUGAACAAAGCUAUCGUCGAGGAACGAUAUUACCAUCGCAUAGACGUACAUUUAGUGCACAAGGGCCUCUCUUACCAAUGAGCUUGGUGAAGGUUAAACAAGCAUCCCUGGAGGCGCCCAGGGUGAUCAGACACGAUCACAAAAUUUUUAUCGGAAGGGAUCAUGGCCAACUUGAAGAUUUCCCCAAGGUUGAAAAGGCAUUGUCCAUGACCGCCAGCCAUCGAUCGUUCCCACAAGCAACAGUUGGUAUCCGGAAGGUGGGUGGUAUGCAUAAUGUUUGCAAAAACGACGACUUCAGAAAAGGCCUAGAUGAUGAUCUAAAUGCAUUAAUGCCCAUCUCAAGCCGAAUCCAAGGAAGAUCAUAA